CAUUCCAUCAUCCGCCCCCUCCCCUUUCUCCCCUUCUCUCGGGGCCGCUUACUUGGACCUGAGAACUUCGUAGACCUGACAUCUCUUUGACAAAUCAAACGCCAUUUUGACCUCCACGUUGGCUCUAUACGUCACUGCGACUGCUUCGCAGUUCCGAUUCCCGACCAUACCCAGACAUUCACACACAUCCAUACCUCACAACAACUUACUGAAUUCGUUCGACUGUCAACAACAAUGUCCGCUCCUGAAACAAUGACGUCCCGACAUCCCCGUCGGGGGCGGGUUAUCAACUCACCCCCUCCAUCUCUGCUCGCUUCUCCAGACGGCAAGUCAGUUACACGGCCCCGUCUUCGUUUGAAGAAGGGACAGACCUUCCACCACACCACCACUCCGCCUUCAGACGACCUACUCCUCGAUAUCCCGCUCUUGCCUCGUUCCCCGACUUCUCCCGGAGCCCUGGAGGCUAUUGCGGCUGGCCAAGAGCGUAUGUCUAAAAUUCUAGGUCGCCUCGAACUCGAUUCUUUCCGUACGCGUAGCCUGCUUGAUGAAGGUGACGAAUUGCCCGUUCCGAAGGGCCAUAUUGAGAAUCAUUUGCAACGCUUGAAGUUGAGCAAGGAAGAUCUUGACAAACGAUUUGCGAAGUCGAAACGCUCUUCACCUCGAGAGUCCCCGUCGAAGACUCGCAGGACACACUGCCACGCUUCCGAUAGUGGCCUAGGAACCUCGAUCAGCAGCCGCCAGUCCACGUCUGCUCGAGAAGACAAAGCUGGAGAGUCGUCCUUCAAGUCCCAGAGCCAGUCUGCCGUUACAAGCUCCAUCGUUGUUGGUGAAGAUGAGGCCACGCUCAGGCAGAAGCUUAGUUCAGCAUCAUGCCUGGAGAUUGAGAACCGUAUCUUGAAGCCGCUCUUGGGACUGGAGCCAUGCAAGCCCUUCCGUCACAUUGUAGAGGGUGCUCGUGAACAAAUGGAGAGCGAUAAGUUUGGCACUCUACGUGAUCUUGAGAAAGCACUGCUCUACGUCGCCGCAGAUGUCGAGGUUGAACUCAGCUUCUACUAUCAGUUCUGCAACUCAACUAUCCUGUGCCUUCACGAAACCUAUCCGACAAUUGACCCUCGUGAUCUGUGCAUGCCGACAGAUCGUCCUUAUAGUAACUCCUACUUCCUCGAUCUGACUGCUCAGGUUCACCGUUUUAAGGCCAUGAGAGACGAGGCUCGUAAGAAUAAGAAGGAGAUGCCCAAACUUGUUGUGGAGGGCGGCAUGGCUGAGACCGGACGUCCCCUUGAGCUUGUUGUCGAAAAGGAUGGCGAGAUUAUUUCGCUAGAGACAGGAAAGCCCUACGACGCGGAUACCGUCCCUCUCGUGAAGCGGACUUUGAGCCUAGGAGCUACCGAUGAGGGCGCUAGGCGGUCCAUGGCUCGGCGCAAGAAGAACGCCCCACCCAUGAACAUCAACACCAAGUGCUCCCACUGUGACAAAAUCUUCCAAAGACCGUGUGACUUGACAAAACACGAGAAGACUCAUUCUCGACCUUUCAAAUGUCCAUUUGAAGGGUGCAAGUAUUAUGAGCUCGGCUGGCCCACCGAGAAGGAAAACGAGCGCCACAUCAACGAUCGACACUCCACUACUCCUCGCAUGUAUGCAUGCACCUUCAAUGGCUGCUCGUACAAAUCCAAGCGUGAGAGUAACUGCAAACAGCACAUGGAAAAAGCCCACGGGUGGAACUAUGUGCGUGCGAAGAACAACGGACGAAAUGCCAAGCGCCGUACCUCCCCUGUGCAAAGCAGUCCUGCCCAGGAGACUAUCGCCCAGCCGAGCCCGCAGCAACUUAGCCCUGGUCAAACCAGCUCCGUAAAUCUGGCACCGUCUCAAAUGACGCCUCUGCAGAUGACCCCUGAUCACAUGAGCUCACUUCCGCUGAUUCCAGACCACCUGGACCCCUUGCAAAUGAGCCCGGAGCACUACAGCCCCGAGAACUACAGCCCCGAGAACUACAGCCCCGAGAACUACAGCCCCGAAAACUACAGCCCCAAGAAUUACAGCCCCGAACAUUACACUUCUGGGCAGUACAGCCCAGCAAAUCAGAUACACUCCGUACAGUUGAGCCCUGCUCCAAUGAGUGCCGGCCAGCUUAGUCCGGCCCAAGCAAGCCAUACCCAAGCGAGCACUCCCGCAUCAGGCCCAAUUCAAUCACCAACUGGGUUCCUGAACAAUUACGCGCAAAGCCAGAUGUAUCAGAUCCAGGAUCCCUUCACUCAGCUAAAGAAUGAGGACUGCCUCUUGUACAUGGACAACGACUUUGCCAAUGAUUAUGCCACGUUCAAUAACGGAACGUCUGGCUUCUUUGAGGACGCCUCCUUCGGCUACGCUGACCCUUUGUACCAGCCGGGUCCCGUCGACAUGAGUGCCCUCGAAGCUUUGUGCGACGACCCUUACGUGAACAAUAUGUUCUUGGACACAUUCGGUCCGGGGGCUGGUACGGAUGAGAGCAUGUUUCCUCCUUUUAACCAAGGAGGCAUGCCCCCAUUUUAGGUCCUUUCUCAUGGAUUUUGUGGUUUCGCGUUUCAAAAAGAAUGAGCAAUUAGUCUUCUCUCAUAUCGAGCUACUAACUUGCUUGGCCCUUUCUAUCUAGCCCUUCUAGCCUGCCAUCUGUUCAUUUUCUCUUCCUAAGUGGUUGUGU